AUGGACUCGGGCACAUCGAGCAACUUUUACUACUUCGCCUACGGAACUUAUGUCGAUGCAGCGGAGUUGAAGCGGUCUCUUGCAACCGUCUCCAGCGGUGCCAUGCCGAUCAUCCAUUCAGCCCGUCCUGCCCUCCUUCCAGCGUACCGUCUUGUGCUCGAUGCCGUGAGCGCAGAAGGGCCGCGGCUGGGCUGCAUCAAUAUCACCCUGCUCAGUCUCGUCGCCCGCGAUCCAUCGACAGCGCGCCACUUCCCCAGUAAGGACCGGGAUGGUACGCCACGCGAGUACAAGGCGGCAUUUCGCGACGGGGUUCGGGGGAUUCUGUACGAGCUCUCCGCCACCAUGCGUGAACCACUGCUGCAGGCUGUCGCGGCCGAAGGGUCGUUCAACAUGUACGCCAUGCUCACGUGCUACGUGAUGAGCGACAUGCAGGCGCCAGGUUCGCAGCUGUUUUCGGCGCUUGUGAUCGCUGCGCUGGAUAUGCCGCUCAUGAAGCGCAAAUUCUCUGCGAAAGCCCUCAUGCAGCUUCGCUGGGAGCCGUUGACAAAGCCGAAAGGUGUGCUGGCCCAACCAGGACUGGUCGCCCUUGUCGCGGCCUCCUCGGCUGGCACUCCAAACAGCGCGGCUUCCCCGCCUCAGCCGCGCUGGCCUGGACUGCAUUGGUGCAACUGCAUCCACUCCGUGCACGUUGCCCCCAGCCAAGCAUACGCGGCCCUCCUGGAGAAGGCCUACCGUGAAUACCUCCACCUGAACAUAGCAGCCGAGCAGGACGGCUGUAGCCCCACUGGGGGCGCCACCCACAGCUCAGCAUCCUCAGAUGGCGGCGACACCGACUCGUACGCGACAGCGAUCCACCGCAUGGUGCACCAGCAGGUCCGCGACGUCAGCAAGGACCCGCAGGAGGCCAAGACGUGGUACUUGGCGUACGGCUCUAACAUGUCGUGGGAGCAGGUGUGCGUCCGCAUCGGCCCGCCGUACCAGCGCCGCCCCGCCAAGCUGCUUGGCUAUGUGCUCGUUGCCAACACGGUAUCCAUCGGCCACUCAAACGGAGGUAAGUUCGGAUAUUACAACGUGGAGCCGGUGGCGCUGCGGGAGAAGAAGGAGGCGCAGGGGUUGGUGAAACACCCCAGCACGAUGCCGUCAUACGUCUGCGGUGCUGCGUACGAGAUCAGCCAGACACAGUUGGAGAUCAUGGACACCUACGAGAGAGGCUACUCCCGCGAGCUGCACCGCUGCACCGACCUAAGCGAUGCGACGGCGACCCCGCUGGAGUGCUGGACGUACAUUGCACUGAACACCUCCGAAGAGUUGCUUCCGUCGCACGAGUAUCAAUCACGCGUCUUGGAGGGCGCGAACAUUUUACCGCCGGAGUACAUCGAGUGCAUCCGUGCCAUCCCGACGAACCCGCUGCGGAGUCCGCGGCAAGACAAGCGCCUUCGCAAAGAACUCUGA